GAUGGGAAGUUCAUUGCUGCGGGGUCUUCAGAUGGAACUCUCUUUGUGUGGAGUGUCGAAUCGGGGAAGGUGGAAAGAUCUCUAGGAAAGCAUCACAGCAACCCAGAUCUUGCAGUGACUGACCACCCAUUGUAGAAAGAAUGAGUGCGGAUGGCAAAACUUGCAAAAAAAACAUUGUUUACAAGAAAGUGUCUCGUGACAAAUCGAUUGCUGCCUACUUGAGCAAAAGAGAUUUUGUGGAUCAUGGUACCCAUAUUGACCCUGUGGAUGGUAUGCUUCUGGUGGACACUGGUUAUAUAAGGGACCAAAAAGUUUAUUGCAGACUGAAAUGCACUUUUCACUAUGGACCUGAGGACAUUGAAAUGAUUGGACAGGCUUUCCAAAGGGAGCUGUAUGUGUCCACUAUCCAAAUCUUCCCUCAAGUAGGCGAGGAACCAAAAUCGCUGACUAAAAUGCAAGAGCGCCUGAUGAAAAAGAUUGGAGACAAAGCUUUGCCUUUCACCUUUCAGUUCCCAAACUAUCUCCCCUGCUCUGUUUGUCUUCAACCUGGUGCCAACGACCCAGACAAGUUCUGUUCUGUAGACUUUGAAGUAAUAGCCUUCUGCGUGAGCAGUCUGGAGGAAAAGAUCCAUAAAAGGAGUUCGGUACGCCUGGCAAUCCGCAAAGUACAGUAUGCUCCCGAUCGAGCUGGAUCCAGUCCAACCGCUCAGAUCAGCAAACAUUUUCUCAUGUCAGACCAACCGCUUCAUCUGCAGGCAUCACUGAAUAAAGAGAUAUAUUAUCAUGAGGAACCCAUCAACGUCAGCGUGCAAGUGACAAAUAACUCUAGCAAGCACGUGAAGAGUAUCAAAAUAGCAGUUGAACAAACCACCAAUGUGGUGCUGUACUCAAAUGAUAAAUACACAGAGGAGGUUGCCAUGGAGGAAGCAAAUGACCAGAUUGCCCCAGGCUCCACUUUCUCAAAAACCUAUGUGCUCUUGCCCUCAAUGGCCAGCAACCGAGGCAAACAUGGCAUUGCACUGGAUGGAAAAACCAAACAGGAAGGCACAAACCUGGCUUCUUCCACCAUUUUAAAGGAAGGAACUGAUCGAGAAGUUCAGGGGAUGUUGGUGUCCUAUACCAUAAAAGUCAGCUUGUUGAUUCCUGGCAUGCUUGGUGACAUUACCUCCAGUGAUGCGACAGUGGAAAUACCCUUCCUGCUCAUGCACCCCAAUCCUGAAAUCCGGAAGAUGAUGACUUUGCCAUCGAGGAGGCUAGUGGACAGGAAACAGCGGAUGCAGAAGAUGAUGACUGACAUUUGUCGCAGUCUGGCAAGCCAAGAAGACUUCGUAGCUCAAUGAAAUGUGACUGAGAAUUGUUUAUCUAUUUAGUGAGUAGAAUACCAAUUUCUUCUUCAGAAUCUGGAAGAGUUCAGAAAGGUUCAGAAUAUGGGGCAGGCAGAUCAAGGGAGUAUUUUAUCCAGUGAAAGCCAAUUGGCUUUGGACUGGUUUCAUUAUUGGAGAUGUUAAUUUGUGAGAGAAAAUUAUUAGGAGAGGGCUGCACAUGCAAAUAAAAAUCAAAUUUUUAAGAAGGAGUCAUUGACUUAGAUUGAUGACAAUUAUUUACUGUUAUUUCAUGAUAUUUGACUGAAUUAUCAUUUAAUAAAUUAGCAUAUACUACAGGUGGAUCAAAACACUUUCAGAAAGAAGGACAGGAAGUGUAAAUGUUGAAGAGAACAGGCCAUGAAACCUACCAAUUUGACAGUAAACAAUGGGGGAAACACUCUCACAAAUUAAUGGAGGGUAUAUUGUAAAAAUAGGAUGUGUGCUUGCAAAAAUCAAGUUAGUGUAGAGCUUCAGAGAAAUAGUUGCAGACCAUUCACUCAUUUUACAGUAUUAUUUGAGUUUAUAGUAUAACUUGCUUCAUAAAGAAACCUAAAGUAUAUUCCGAUCUGUAACUCAAACCAAAGGACAUAGGUGAACAGAUAUAAGCCAUGUAUGCUCAUUAAUUAUUCUUUCCUCCAGCUAGUUCUGAGAUAUGGGCUGUACAUUAGAUCAAUUACCUGUCAGAUUCCAACCUGCCCUGCGCCUUGAACGAAAUCAAAACGAAGUUUGAGUUCCUCUUCAGGCCUGAAUAAUACUUCUCCAUCUAAUCCUUGGCUAUCUCAUUCAUUACUGUGAACUACACGCAUUUAUCAUUCUGAUUUGUGAGUGAGAUGAAUAAUUUGAUAGAAUUGUUUUUUAUAUAUAUGCGACAAUUUAGUUUAAAAUAAAAUGCAUUC